AGAAAAAGGAAGUACCAUCCUAUUCCUGUGUUAUCGUUGCACGUUCAUAUGAUCUGCUAACAAACGGUAGCCUAAUCGUUCAAAGACAGUUGGAUGGUACGUGUAUUUUACACAGCCACAUACCCACUUGAAUGAAUGUGUGUCUCUGGUCCCCUGCACACGAUAGAGACAAAACCCUGAUGGUGACAACAAGAUACAAAGAUGAAUUCUGCUAAGAAGAAAGAGUUGGAUGAUGAACCAGAAGCAUUCUCCAGUGAAGUUUACAUUAAUGGAGGUUUACUUAACAUCCAAAUCAAGGAGGAGCCACAUGUGCAUGAGAUCAGCGAGGAGUACAACGGAGAGGCAUCAGACAGUAAGGCUGACUUUGUGACAUGCAGGUCACUUCAGCAGCAACAUCUGAAGGACGAAUGUGACUCUGAUCAGGAGUCAGAAUGUGAGCCCACUGUGACAGCUGUCAAAGAGGAGUCAGAGUCCUGGCUUAAGGACGAGAAUGACAGUGAAGCAGAGGAUACAAGCAACCUAGGAGAAGAUGAUUUAGAGAGAGAACAAGUGGGCACAGAAACAUCCUCUGAAUUCUUUCCAUGUCCUCACUGUGAUGUCUCCUUCACUGAUGUGGAUUUCUUAGAGAAGCAUGUAAAGUGGGUUCACCAGAAACAAUAUCUCGCCAACCUGAAAAAGUGCUGCCGCACGAUAAACCUCAUCCCAACAUUCACUUGCACCAUCUGCAGCAGCACUUUUAAAACUAAAGUCCAUCUUCGGAUCCAUGUCCGUGAAGCUCACCCUGCUCCCCCUCCCCGCAGACUCCACCCCUGCCCCACCUGUGCACGCAGCUUUCAAUACCUGAAAAACCUGAAGAAUCACUGUCAGCGCUGGCACAAUAUGAGGGUGAUCACCCGAGGUGGACAUCUCAGUUGCCGGGACUGUGGCAAGAGUUUCAAAUCUACCUGGGGUCAAGGACCUCAUUUGUGUAAUGAGCCAGGUAAUUCAGAACCUGAGGAUAAGCCGAUCUGUCUGGACAUAGGUGUGCCUUGUCCAGAAUGUGGAAAAAAGCUUCGUACACCUCAGAGCCUGGAGGACCACAUGCGCACUCACACUGGAGAUCGACCAUUUGUCUGUAAGGAUUGUGGCAGAAGGUUUGUGGAGCGCAGCGGUUGGCGUCAACACAUGAAAAUACACACCGGGGAGAAGCCGUAUAAGUGUGAAGUCUGUGGGAAAGCUUUUAUACGUUCACACCACCUUAGAUGCCAUUUAAGCACACACUCAGGCAAGAAGGAAUAUUCCUGCCCUGAAUGUGGAAAAGAGUUUGGAUUCAAGUCAAGUCUGAACCACCAUGUGAGGACGCAUUCCAGUGAGAAACCCUUUCACUGCAGCGCAUGUGGGAAGAGCUUUAACACACGCAGAAACCUGAGGGUUCACAGCAAACUCCACAACACUGAGAAAGCCCACCAGUGUGGGGACUGUGGGCUCAAGAUUGGAGAUUAUGGGGCUUUAAAAAUCCACCUGCGAACGCACACUGGAGAGCGGCCUUACCACUGCACCGUGUGUGGCAACAAGUUCAUUCGCCUUUCACAUCUGAGAAACCACCAGCGCACCCACACUGGUGAAAGACCAUACAAAUGCACUGAAUGUGAUAAGAGUUUCACUCAGUCUGGUGACCUGGUGAAACAUAAGAGAAUACACUCUGGGGAAAAGCCUUUUGAAUGUCCAGACUGCCAUCGUCGUUACACUUCCUCUGGUGAUUUGGGCAAACACAGGAGGAGCCACACUAACCUGCGCCCCUACACUUGUAAAGAAUGUGAAAAGAGCUUUCGCUUGUCAGGCCAUUUGAAAACUCACAUGUUAACUCACACAGGUGAGAAGCCAUAUUCAUGCCCCAACUGCCUUCGCAGGUUUGCUCGUUCUCACCAUCUCUCAGGACAUAUGGCCAAAUGUCACUGAGUCCUCAUUGAAGUUAUUGUUUAAAGGCUAACCCUAAUUUGAACUAUUUAUGGAGACUGUAUAUCUACUGCUAGAUUUUUGUUGAAUGUGCUAUAAGUCAAAAGGUAUCUGUAAAUAAUAUUUAUAUCUAGUCACUAACUUUUUCCUGAAGUCACUGAACUCGUACUGAAUGAAGUCACUUGAGUACAUAUCUAACAUGACUUGAUCUUUGGAACUUUUUUCUAAGACUAUGUGGACAAUUGUGACGUUUGUCAACAGUAGUUUUAUCUGGUUUUGCAAGACACUACUUCGAUGGAGCCUUGAGGGCUUGGCAUUGAGAUAAAUUUCAGUGGAACAUGCAAAUAUUGAAUUUUUUUCUGUACCAAUGGUAUAUUAUUUGUAGAAAAGUAAUAAAUAUUUACUUAAUGCAUGAACACUA